UGUAGCAAUCUGUCAUGUUUGAAUAACACAGCCCUCACCCAGGUACGGAAGCCGAGUGAAGACUGAAGGGGUACGCGGCUGUGGGUCUCUCUGCCUGAGAGUAUGGCGGAUGGGAAUGUAUUGGUGUGAGGGUGGGAGAGACAGGGACAGGGACAGGGAGAGAUGAAAGUGGAGAUAAAAAGCAAACACGGAUACUGCGCUUUUUAGAAAUAUAUAUAUAUAUAUAUAUAUAUUUUUUUUUUUUUUUUAUAACUCAACGCCGGACCUGUUUUUGGUUUCCGAGUAUUACAAGGGCCGUGCUUGGUUAAGCACGUUUUGUUUUCAUGUAGACAAGAUAAACAUUUUUUUUUUUUUAAAAAGUGCAAGUUAUUUCAAGAUAUUUUUUCUGUUCCUUGGAGCAUAUUUGCACGUUACACUCGAAUAAUAUUUAUUAGUGGUAAUGUGAGCCAUUAUAUGUAAUGUAGUGCUUUGUGUUGUGAUUAAACAUGCAGUACAUACAUUAUACAUAUAUUUUGCAGGGGUAAAAAUAAUUAUAUUAAAUAUCCUUUUUAGAAGUUUAUUUUAGAUUUUAAUAUUAACGACAGAAUAUUUAAUAUUGUUUUAUUAUUAUUUCCCACUGUAAUUGUGGUUCUUGAUCGGAAACAAUGCGCGAGUAUAAAGUGGUGGUGCUGGGGAGCGGCGGGGUCGGGAAAUCCGCUUUGACUGUGCAGUUUGUGACUGGAACCUUUAUAGAGAAAUACGACCCAACCAUCGAGGAUUUCUACCGCAAGGAAAUAGAGGUGGAUUCGUCGCCUUCUGUCCUGGAGAUCCUAGACACAGCUGGCACAGAGCAGUUCGCCUCCAUGAGGGACCUCUACAUCAAAAACGGACAGGGCUUCAUCCUGGUCUACAGUCUGGUCAACCAGCAGAGUUUCCAAGAUAUCAAACCUAUGAGGGACCAGAUCAUCCGAGUAAAAAGGUAUGAGAAGGUGCCAGUGAUUCUGGUUGGAAACAAGGUGGACUUGGAGAGCGAGCGGGAGGUGUCCUCAGGUGAGGGUCAGGCACUGGCAGAGGAGUGGGGCUGCCCUUUCAUGGAGACCUCAGCCAAGAGCAAAACCAUGGUAGAUGAAGUGUUUGCUGAGAUUGUGCGGCAGAUGGACUACGCAUCCCAGCCUGACAAGGACGACCCUUGCUGCUCCUGCAAUAUACAAUAGCAAGGAGUGGAAUGUCUGCUAUUAAAGUGUGUUAACCAGUCUUAAGUGGCACCAGAACAAAAAGAAUCACUGAACAGCUGACAGAAAUCCCAGCGUUCACCAGUGGAUAAUCUGUGACGCUCUCCAGUUGUACAGACACAGAGAACUCGCUGAAUCCUUUCAAAAUCCAUUCCAACACUGUCACAGCAAGCGGAAAAAAAUCUAAACUGAUGAUGAAAAAGACUGUUCAACUAAAAUAAACACCACAUCUCGCACACAGCACAAACGGUUUGAACCGCUUUCAUUUCAGGACUGUUGGUGGUGCCUUACGGUGCUCAAACUUUCCAUUGACAGGGAAGCUACUGAAACAGCCCAAGCAGGAGGAAAGAUUGUCACUGUUGUCCAGGUUUUUAAACAUAUUGAUGAGGAUUCCUCUGCAUAGGAAGGACAAGCCAUGUAAAACUUUGGAAAGCUUUUCAGUGACCUGACGAGGAUUGUCCAAGCCGACCGAGCGGAGCCCUGGAUUUCAUGAACACGAGGAUGGUUUUGUUACCAUGGUGCUCAGACUGUGUAAGCAGCCUGCUCUUCCUCCUGUCUCUGGUGCUACUUUGUGUUUGCAGAAGAAAUGACAAACAUGGGGCUUCUUUAGAAAGCAGCAAUUGGUGUUUUUUUAUUUUAUUUAUUUCUUCACACUACAUCCGCUCUUAUUACACUUAGACAUCUGAAAAACAUGCCAUUCGUUUUUACAGAGACCGUGUUGACAGAAAGAGACACUUAGUUCUGCAUUCUCACAUUUCAUUAAAAUGAAACAAGCUGUAAAAAAUAAUAAUAAUAAAAUCCAGCUUUCCAUUUCUUUUAAGGACUGAGUUUUUUUUUUUUUUUUGGUCUAAGUAAUGGAAUAAACAGAAUCUAAACCCCUCUUUUGCUUAUUCUGACAAAGAAAGAAAAAAUAAUGUAAGGAAUUAUCAAGAUCGUAUCUGGACAGGCAGGAAAAGUGAACUGCUCAGAAUUUAGUCUUAUGCAACCCAUCCAAUGAGUUUUCUUCAGAUUAAUUUUCUCUGUUUUGGGGGAGGGGUUGGACUUCAAAAUGGCUGUAAAUAUAUUUUUUAUAAAAGGUGCUCAUUCUACAAAAGACAAUUGUGCAAUUCUCUGUAGGGUCAACCAUAUGCAUAGCUAGUUACUAAAAAAAAAAUUACAAAUAAGGACACACAUUAGUCAAGUCUGGUAAUGCAGCAUGCAGGAUCCUUAUCUAAAAACUCAGAAGCUAGAGGCUGUGCGAAAACAGUUUUCUUCGAAACAAAACAUUGUCUUACCAGUUUAGUUUUUUGUUUCUUUAACUCUUCAUUCCUGACUCUGCUGCUUUCUUUUAAACUGUACGGCACAAUGACUUGAGCAAUUCUACAGUACCAGCAGUUCCUAACAAGCCACCAAGAAACCCUGCCCUCAAUGUUAAGAUUGUUAGCGUUGCACAGUACAGUAAUAACAAAGCAUUACAUCUGAAGCUAAACUUGUUAUUUUGACUUUUCCUGUGAAGAAUUGUAUGGAACUCUUACUAAUUUUGCAUUUAUUUAUUUAUUUUAUUGAGUUAUUUACACUUUUAAACCACAAUGUGAACCAGGGUUGAGGUCAAUUCCUGUUUUUCAAUUCCAUUUUUUUUUUUUUUAAUAAAUUUCCAAUUCCCAUUCCAUUUUAAUCAAUCCCAACACAUCCUUGAUCAAAAUUGCACUCGGAGUGGCAAGAAAUUACUUCAAUCGCUGAAGUCACUGUUCAAUGAAUUGGCUUCAAAUUAAAGCAAUUGAACAAUCACAACAAUUAUGUCUGUAAAAUAAAAAAUUCCAAUUGCUUCGAAGGAAUUGGAAUUGAUUUUAAAAAUUGGCCCCAAACCUGAUGUGAACACAGGGAUUUAGAUUAAAACAAAUUGUUCCUUGGCUUUGGGUAAGUUUGUAUUAAAUUUGAAAUACUACAUGAAACUGGAUUAUGCUGCAUAGUUUCAAUAACUGGAGCCAUUUGAAAUGCUUUAACUUGAUGCCCGGUGCUGUCCAUUGAUCACUGUAUACAGUUUCGCAAAUGUGCAUGCAGCAAUAUAAAUCGAAGGACACAUUUUGAUUCCAAGUUUAAAGGCUAAAUUUAAAAGGGUUCCUUAUGUCAAGAACAAAUCACAGUGAUAUAUAAAGACUGAAUUCAUAUUAAUAAUAAAACUAACAAAGAGCCAAAUGCAGUAUCUGUCUUUUUUUUCUCUCUUUUGGAGCAGCGUUCCAAUAAAACACAUACAAUAUAUUGUCUCUUUUGGAGCAGCGUUACAAUAAAACACAUAUAAUAUAGGAACUCGUGAUAGGGAUUUACUAGGUGGUCCUUAAGGAUUAUUUAAGGAUUAAAAUGCCUGUAGUUGCUGGUUUGCAUUUCUACGCCACCACUGAUUUUCUGUGUUACUUUGUCAAGUCCCUUGCGGUCAAAGCAAAUUGCAGAAGAAAAAAUUGUUGCAUCUCCUGGGGUUAGCCUAAUUAAGAAUCCCAUUUUGGUUUACAUUUCAACAGUAAGCAGAGUCUUACCAUGUUAAGAUUUACAUG